AUGAAAUCAAAAACUCUUAUACUACCAGUGAGUGAUAAGGGUGGAGACUUUAUAGUGAUUCCUGGUCAGUUAGAUGUUGAUAUCCGAAAGAAACAUGUUAUUAUCACCGGACCAUCAUUAUUAUCAACAACUAUAGUCUCUUAUAAAAGAGCGUCGCCGGGCGAGAUGCGUCAUUCGCGCGAUGCUUCACUGAAGAGGAUCCAACUUGAUACGAAGGCGAAAACACCUCAUCAAGAAUAUGAAGGACUGUUGACAACCACUCGCCUCAUCGGCUCCGAAGAAGACAAAGACAUUGAGACGUUAGCUGAAUAA